AAUUGGAGCUUUCCUUUGAUUAGUGGAGGGCUUUGGCGUUUCAAAAAGGGCGGCCUCUUUCUAUUCCCACCAAGGUCUUGGUCGCCGCCCGUAGGUUCAGGGAGAAGGAGAGCACGGUUUUUACACCAUUACCGACCACCAACGAGCUUUACUCAUUGAAACAGAGCAAGAACAGAGAGCAUGGACUGAGGAGACUCGCGAGCUUUUCUCGGGGCGUCCGGAAGGCGCUCCCUUGAGGGUAUACUCUGACCCAUCUCUUCCCUUUCCGUUGCCGAUCCUCGCCGCCGUAGGAUCGUCGUUUCGCCAUCGCCAGUCCAGCUAUCACAAGAAACCCUGUUUUGCCUCCCCUCCCCUGCUUUUCGGGUGGUGAAGAUACGAAGCGACUCGUACGUGUUUUGAAGCUUCGUCGCCGGCGGGCACUCUCGUCGGGAACGCUUUUCAGACGAUCCUCCCGGAAGCUUUUGGCCGGAAACCGCAGCCCCAGAGAACUCCUCCUUGACAAGGUUCUCUCGUGCCCAAACCAUGUCCUUGCUUCUGAUCCUAGUCUCGCUCUUCCUUAGUUCUCAGGAAGCUCAUUCUUCAUCUUCAAGUCUUGAACCCACAAGUUUCUUUUUCCCUUCUUUCGACCCUGGCUCUUGCGCUGGCAAAGAGCUCAUCUGCACGGGCUCUUCGAGCUCGCAAGACGGGUAUUUGAACAUCACACCGGACCUGGCGGAGCUGGCCAAUUCGAGCCUUAAGACGAACCAGACAAACCAGAUAGGGCGGGUUCUUUAUUCCCAGCCGGUGGUUGCUUGGACUGCCAUGAUCUCCACCACGUUCACCGUCAGGAUCACCAAGUCGCCGAAUGCCACGGUCUCCGGCGACGGGAUGGCUUUCCUUUUCGCACAGGACAAUAGGCCCUCACCGUCGGGAAGUUACGGCUCGUACAUGGGGAUUCUUGAUCGGUCCACUCAAGGCGGCGUUCUUCGACAACUAGCCGUGGAGCUGGACACUUACAUGAACGAAUUCGAUCCCGAUGACAACCAUGUAGGCAUAGACACGACAAGCACUACUAACUCGGUCAUUACCAAGAGCCUAAACAGCACCGGAGUGAACCUCAAAAGUGGAAGGGACAUCACAUUCAGCAUUGACUAUGAUGGCUAUAAACAUAAACUCGAAAUCUCAGCGGCAUAUUCCGGGAAUUCGUUAACAAGUGUUCUCAAUUAUUCGAUCAAAAUGUCGGAAACUGUCCCUAGUCUCGUGUAUGUGGGCUUCUCGGGAUCUACUGGUCCUCUUCCCGAAAGCCAUCAGGUCAUUAACUGGGCGUUCACCUCGUUUCCUGUAUCUUUGGAGGAGCGGCUCAAGAGAGACAACAGGAUCAAAACCAUACUGAUUGUGGUCGUGCCUAGCGUGAUGACGGUGUUGUUCCUCGCGAUAUGCGUCUACCUACUCGUUAAGAAAGCGCCGAGGGAGAGAGACAAGGACGGUGACAUAGAAAGCCAAUCAAGGCUGGCUGCGAAUGUUCCGAAGAUGUUCACCUACAAGGAGCUAGCGAAGGCCACUCGCAACUUCAGCAAGGAGAACCUGCUUGGCACCGGCGGCUUUGGAAGCGUUUACAAAGGGGUGAUCUCAGAUCCUCCAGGUGAAAUAGCCGUGAAAAAGAUCUCGGCAACCUCGAAACAAGGUGAAAGAGAGUACCUGGCAGAGUUAUGCACAAUUGGGAGGAUGAGGCACAAGAACAUAGUACAGCUCCAAGGUUGGUGCCACGAGGGGGAACAACUUCUACUAGUCUACCCAUACAUGGCCAACGGUAGCCUUGACCUCUAUAUCGGCAAGCAGCCCCUCAGCUGGGAGAACCGGUACGAGAUCCUGACCGGCCUAGCCUCGGCGCUGCUCUACCUCCACGAAGAAUGUGGGAACCCCGUGGUUCACCGGGACGUCAAGCCCAACAACAUCGUGCUGGACUCCAACUACAAUGCCUACUUGGGCGACUUUGGGCUCGCGAGACUGCUCCAGAACGACACCUCAGUCACAACCAUGCUUGCAGGCACCCUUGGGUACCUGGCCCCGGAGGUGACAUACACAGGGAAGGCCACGCCGGAGUCGGACGUGUACAGCUUCGGGAUGGUGGUCCUGGAGGUGGUGUGUGGUAGGCGAUCCAAGGGGAUCACGGAAGAGGACAACUUGGUGGAUCAAGUGUGGAGUCUCUACGGAGGAGGCUCGCUCCUGGAGUGUGUGGAUGCGCAAAUGGAAGGCCAAUUUGAGGAGGAGCAAGCGGAGAGAGCACUGAUAGCGGGCCUUGCUUGCCUGCACCCGAACGCUGCGUGCAGGCCGAGGAUGCGGAAGGUGGUCCAGAUUUUCCUGAACCCGAGCGAGCCACUGAUGGAGCUGCCCACGACCCGGCCCAGCGCGUUCUGUGUGCCGGUCUCAUUCUCAGGCUUAGCCACCAUCGGCUUCUCCUCUGGGACCAGGUCCCCUCUCUCCUCCGGGACCAAGUCCGCCUUCGGCCUCUCACAGCUCCGUUCGCUGCACGAGAUAGAACUCGAGCAUGAAGAGGAGAUGCCAGGGCCGCGAUGAUAAUUCGCAUCC